AUCCAUUAUACCCGUCGAUUAUCUGGGCAAGAAUUACGUGGAAACAACCUGCCAAAACAAGCCACUAACUGAAUUCUUCCAUUUAAGCAGGAGAUUGAGGAUUGAAUAGAAUGAAGAGCUCGGUCUCGGAUCAGAGUUUCUAUAUUGAGAGUGAAGAUGAGGAAGAUGAGGAGAAAGUUUUUAACAGACAGGAAAGUGAAGAUGAUGGAAACGAAUUUGAUGCUUCUGAUUAUUCAGCUGAAAACCAGCAGCAUAACAAACCCAGUUCCUACAAUAUUUCAUGGCCUCAAAGUUACAGGCAGUCUAUUGAUCUGUAUAGUAGUGUACAAUCUCCGAGUAUCGGGUUUUUGGGCACUCCUUCACUUUCAAGAUUGGGCAGCUCAUUUCUUUCCUCAUCUUUAACAAGAAGACAAACUCCAGAAUCAUUAUCUUCAGUGACAAAACCUCUACUACAUACAGUAGAUGAUCAGAUACAUAAUCAAAGACGUAGUUCGCACUCUCUGCUACCUCCGAUCCCAUCAAGGAGACAGUCUGUAAGAGUAGAUGACAAAACAUCCAAGGUCUCCCAUGAACUUCCAAUUUCUCGGCAGAGCUCAUAUGGGCAAGCUGUGAUUAAUGGGAUUAAUGUGCUAUGUGGAGUUGGAAUCCUUUCUACCCCAUAUGCUGCCAAGGAAGGAGGAUGGUUAGGCCUUAUAAUAUUAUUCACAUUUGCAAUGCUUUCUUUUUACACUGGGCUGCUUUUGCGCCAAUGCCUGGAUAGUAAACCUGGCCUUGAAACUUACCCAGACAUUGGUCAAGCUGCAUUUGGUACUGUGGGUAGAAUUGCCCUUUCGAUAAUUUUAUAUGUGGAGUUAUAUGCUUCUUGUGUUGAAUACAUAAUUUUAGAGGGUGAUAACUUGUCAUCCAUAUUCCCAAAUGCACAUAUUAGUCUAGGUGGACUUGAGUUGAACUCGACCCGUCUCUUUGCAUUGAUGACAACCCUUGCUGUUCUUCCUACAGUUUGGCUCAGAGACCUCAGUGUUCUUAGUUAUAUCUCUGCUGGUGGAGUUGUUGCAUCAAUCUUGGUAGUACUCUGCUUGUUUUGGGUUGGCCUGGUAGAUCAAGUUGGCUUUCAUAAUAAAGGAACUACAUUGAACCUGUCUACCCUUCCAGUUGCUAUUGGGCUUUAUGGUUACUGCUAUUCAGGACAUGCUGUUUUCCCAAAUAUCUAUACCUCAAUGGCGAAACCAAAUCAAUUCCCUUCGGUACUCUUAGCAUGUUUUGGAAUCUGUUCUUUGUUGUAUGCUGGAACUGCAAUUAUGGGAUACACAAUGUUUGGAGAAGCAACAGAAUCACAGUUUACUCUUAACAUGCCUGAAGAUCUGAUUGCUUCAAAGAUUGCUGUGUGGACAACAGUAGUCAACCCACUUACCAAAUAUGCAUUAACCAUGUCUCCAGUGGCAAUGAGUCUUGAGGAGUUGAUACCAUCAAGCCAUCUCAAGUCUCACAUCUAUGCUCUCUUAAUUAGAACAUCACUCGUGAUCUCAACCUUGUUUGUUGGUCUCAGCAUCCCUUUCUUCGGUUUGGUGAUGUCAUUGAUAGGAUCUUUACUCACAAUGCUUGUGACCUUGAUACUUCCCCCUGCUUGUUAUUUAACCAUCCUGAGGGGUAAAGUGACCCGUAUUCAGGCUACACUUUGUAUUAUAGUUAUUGCAGUGGGAGUAGUUUCAUCAGCCUUUGGAACUUACUCAGCACUCUCCAAGAUUAUUGAGAAUUUGAGAAGCUGAAAGAUUUUCCUUCUUUAAAUAAACUUUCUAGAGUUGCAUUGGUUAUGUCAAUUCUGGAAUUUUGUAUCCCUAUUGGAAGCUUUGGUGUGUUGCUUUUCUUACGUGAUUUAACACAAACAAAGAAAAAACAGUAAAUCAGAUUGAACCUGAUAUGGCUUUUCUCAAUCUUUUAUUGUCAUUAUUAUCUUUACGUGUUAGUUGGGUUACAUGGUAAAUGUAGUAACAUUUUUCUCUUUCUUAAUGAUAAUGGAAGGUUCUUUGUUUCCAUUAUAAAAAUAAGGC